AUGUAUGCCAAGGGCAAAGGCUCUACGGUGCCUUCGGACGCUCAGGCUCGCGAGAAGUUGGCGCUAUACGUCUACGAAUAUUUACUCCAUGUCGGCGCACAGAAAGCAGCACAGACUUUCCUCUCGGAGAUUCGAUGGGAGAAGAAUAUAACGCUUGGUGAGCCGCCGGGGUUCCUGCACUCCUGGUGGUGUGUUUUCUGGGACCUUUACUGCGCGGCGCCGGAGCGAAGAGAUACUUGCGAGCACUCAUCUGAAGCGAAGGCUUUCCACGAUUAUGGUUUCGUAAAUUCUGGCUAUGGAGUCAAUGGAAUCGGUCACAACGCCGGCCCGGCGCCUCCUAACGACGGCAUGGGUGGCGGCGGUAUGCCACCAGGUUUCUUCCCCAACUCUUCACUACGACCAUCUCCUCCGGCACCGCACCCUGGCUCCCAGCCGUCGCCUCACGGCCCCAACCCACAACUGAUGGGAACAGGGCAGCCGUUCAUCGGACCAUGGUACUCGAGUGGACCACGCGGAGCUGUCAGAAUGGGGAUGGGCAACGAUUUUAAUGGACCACCAGGGCAAGGCAUGAUGGGCAACUCGAUGGAGCGCGGCGGCGUAGGCGCCGGCGGUGUGGGCGGCGGGCUACUGGGCGGGCCGCGCAUGACGCCGCCGCGCCCCGGCAUGGGCCCCAUGAGCCCGGGUGCGUACGCGCAGGGCAUGCGCGGCCCUCCGCCGCAGGGACCAGGUAUGCCCCCAAUGGGAAUGGGUCCACGAGGCGCGUGGCCAGGCGGCAGCAGUGGCGGCGGAGGGGGGUCAGCGCCUCUCAACUACAGCGGGGGCUCGCCCGGCGCGUACGGGGCCCCACCAGGAUCGAACGGACCCCCUGGCCCCCCCACGCCAAUAAUGCCCAGUCCGCAGGACUCGUCGAAUUCUGGCGGAGACAACAUGUACACUCUGAUGAAGCCCGUGGGUGCGGGCGCGCUCGGCGCGGAAUUUCCGCUUGCGGGUGAACACGGCCCCCAGCCGCACUCCAUGCCGCAGCCGCCGCCCGCAGAAGGUCUUGGCGGCGUAGACGGUAUGAAGUCGUCACCAGGUGGCGUAGGAGGCGGGGGGCCGGGCACCCCCCGGGAAGACUCAGGGUCGGGCAUGGGAGACUACAACCUCAGUUUCGGAGGCCCGGGCGGCGACCAAAACGACCAAACCGAGUCGGCGGCCAUCUUGAAAAUCAAGGAAAGCAUGCAGGAAGAAGCAAAACGGUUCGAAAAAGAUCCAGAUCACCCGGAUUAUUUCAUGCAGUGAACGUCCAAACCAGAAAGCCAGCUUACCAAAAAAAAAAAAGUCGGUACAGUUCUUCGGUCUCUUUGGUAUAUUUUUCUCUUUUCUCAUGAUCUCAAAUUCAGUUUGGUAAGGUUG